AUGGCUUCCUCGUCUCCUCCACCAUCGCAGCCACCCGAUCAACCUCCACCGGACCACGACCAUGUCCACCUGCGAAUUACCUACCUUGUUACGGGCAAUCCACGACCACCGCAUUACCUUGCAAGCCUCAAUCUGAACACUACCAUAUCUGCGCUCAAGGAGAAAAUCCAGUCGGAGCUGCCUGAGCAUCCGUCUCCCUCCGAACAACGCCUCAUCUACCAGGGUCGUCCUCUGCUACGAAAUGAUGCCAACUUGCGAGACAUUCUCAGAAUAGAACCUGGCGCUGUACCUGAUACACUUCCCUAUACAAUCCAUAUUGUGAUCCAGUCCCAGCAGAAUACUUCCCAAACCCAGGCGUCGUCCAACCCCAUCCUCAACCCUCCUCCGCCGCCGCCUCUACACCUCUUUCACCAGCAUGCAGACUUGGCUGGCCCUUUUCGUGCUGCCGAAACUUCAGCCAACAGACUUCAGGAGUCGCUCGUCCGUAUACAGCAGCAGAUUGAGGCCAACAGAGCUGAUCUGAGGUCGGUUCAGCAAAGAAUAGCCUUACAACAUACCAAUCUGGGUGCUCCUCCAAAUCUGGUGAAUGGUCAAAUCAAUGCCAAUGGCCAGCUGCUGCCUGCUCCUCACCCGCAGACCUUUCCCAUGAACCCCCCAUUUGAUCUUCCUUUUGACCAGCAUGCGCAGGCUCAUGCACAGGCCCAUGCACAGGCCCAUGCGCAGGCCCAUGCGCAGGCUCAACGCCCUCCAGGACGAGUACAUGUACAAGCCCGCCACCUGCCACCUUCCACAUCACCUCUUCCUCCACAGCAGCCGGGAACCGCACCGCUGGGUCAGCCUCGACAAAAUGUUCAGGAAUUUCACGGUCCGAAUGGAGAACACAUGACGGUUGUGGCAGAACAUAUGAGUUUUGUCCUACCCAUCCAAGGGCCACCCCAAGGCCCAGCAUCUGGACAGCAACCUGCAGCACAGUCUCAACCGCAGGCAAAUACUUCCAGACAAGCACCACAAAACAGCAGCACUCUGCCCGUGCCACCCACUUUUGCCCCUGCCUUCUAUCCUUCCAUGUCCGGCAUGAUGCCGCCCAUCCACCUACCAGUUUCGUUCGCACAAAAUCGCACCGGUCUCCCGCAGUUGUCCAAUACGACAGUGUGGCUACUAUCGUCGUCAACAGGGCCUCAAGGAAUCCUGUUUGCUCCUGGCCAUGGCUACUUCGAUUCUUCGCCUCUGAGGCGACAGCAGCAAGCUGGCAGCAUUCCAGAUCCUCAACCUCAGGCGAAUGACGCAAACGGAACAGGUGCAACCCAGCAGGCACAACCAAAUAAUCAGGGUCAGCCAGAUGCAAACCGUGCAAUAGUCCGAGCUAAUCAGCCUCAACCUGACCAGCCUCAACCUGUUCCGGCUCUGGCGCAAGCGCAGCAAAAUGGAGAAGACAAUGACCUCUUCGCAUUCAUCAUACAUCGAGGCUGGCUGUUCUUGCGUCUCUACCUCUUCAUGUUCGUGUUCUCCGAACCGGGGACCUGGAAGCGGUGGCUCAUGAUUGUUGUGGCCGCAGUCAUUUGUCUGCAACCUCGAGAUGGUCCCCUAACUCGCCUGUUGGCAGCCGCUCGCCGUCAUCUUGAUAAUCUUAUUGGCCCACCUCCACCGCUGCCUCCUCCAGAAGUUGCUGCUCCCGCCGCGAAUGAGCCCGGUGCCAAUCAGGGCCAAACUGCGGCCACUGCACAAAGACCUGCUAACGUUCGUGGUGCCACAACAAUGACUCCGCAAGAAGCGAGAGCUCGGCUUGAAGGGCAGCACACCCACGAACCACGGCCUUUGCGAGACGCUUUAUAUCGUGUCGAGCAGAGUAUCGCUCUGUUUUUAGCGAGUUUGAUUCCUGGUGUGGGCGAGCGUCAUGUCCGAGCAAGGGAGGAAGCGAGAAGGGAGGAACAGCGUCGCGUGGAAGAAAGAGAGCGUGUGGAGAACGAGCCUGCGACGCAGAGACAAAAUGGAGACGAGGCAGAUGCCCCUGCUGGUGAAACGCAUGGUGCAUCUGCAGAAGCGACAAAACCCGAAGUCAGCGUGGAAGGGCCUGGAGAGCAGAGUACUUCGACCUCUGUUCAGAUCACCGACGGCGAGGCUUCAUCCGGCGAACUACGAAAUAGAACUUGA